GUCGCGCAUGCGCGAGGCGGGACCUCGCGGGGCGCGGGAAAGAGGCAGAGCGCGCGCAGGUGUGAGGGGCGGCGACAUCUGUGGGGUUGAAAGCGUCCGUCAGUCACCGACGGGCUCCGGCUUCACGUGGGCUCUCGGCCUGUGGAGUCCUCACUUUUCGGUGGUCGGCGUAGUGUCAGUGUGGGGCUUGUCACCGGGAGCGGGGUCUACAGCGCCCACCCUCAGGCCUUUCCAUCUUUCACCUCCCGACUCGAGGCCUCCAGCCUUCUGUGAGGGCCAAUUUGGCCAUUUAUUUUUUCUAAAAAGAGUAACGCGGAUAAUUCAAGCGACUUAUUCCCAACUGAUCCAGGCAGAGCUCGUUUCUGAUAAGGACAGAGGGUCCUCAGCGACUUCUGUGGCCCAGAUUUCUCAAGGGGAAGAUAAAAUGACUAAGAGGAAGAAGCUGCGGACCUCAGGAGAGGCACUCUGUCCUCCAAAACUCCUAAAGAACCCAAGGCUAGGAGACUUCGAUGGGGACCCCCAGAGUUCCAUGUUGGGCUGUUUACAUCACCCUGAGGAGCCAGAGGGCAAAUUGGGACCUGUUCCCUCUACACAGCAGCACGGGGAGGAACCAGGAAAGGCCGUCUCCAGCUCCCCUGUUGAGGAAACAGGAUCUCCCUGCCGGCUCCUCCGUCAACCAGAAAAGGAGCCAGCUCCCAUUCCUCCUUCCCAGAACUCAUUCGGGAGGUUUGUUCCCCAGUUUGCAAAAUCCAGGAAGACAGUGACAAGAAAAGAAGAGAUAAAGGAUGAGGACCGUGGGAGUGGGGCCUUUAGCCUGGAAACAAUCGCAGAGUCCAGCGCCCAGAGUCCAGGAUGCCAGCUGCUAGUGGAGACCCUGGGGGUCCCCCUCCAGGAGGCCACGGAGCUGGGGGACCCAACGCAGGCAGACAGUGCCCGCCCUGAGCAGAGCAGCCAGAGCCCUGUGCAGGCGGUGCCCGGCAGUGGGGAUUCUCAGCCUGAUGACCCUCCAGACAGGGGGACGGGGUUGUCCGCCUCACAGAGGGCCAGCCAAGACCACCUGUCAGAACAAGGGGCCGAUGACAGCAAGCCUGAGACAGACAGGGUUCCAGGUGAUGGUGGCCAAAAGGAACACCUACCAAGCAUUGAUUCUGAAGGGAAGAAGCCAGACAGAGGAGCCCCCCAGGAGGGAGGGGCCCAAAGGACAGCAGGGGCUGGCCUUUCUGGAGGGCCCCAGGAGGAGGGAGACGGUGUCCCCUGUACCCCAGCAUCAGCUCCUACCUCAGGCCCUGCUCCAGGACUGGGCCCUGCCUCUUGGUGCCUGGAACCCGGGUCUGUGGCCCAGGGUUCCCCUGACCCCCAGCAGACCCCCAGCAGGAUGGGUAGGGAAGGGGAAGGGACUCACAGCAGCCUGGGAUGCUCCUCCCUCGGGAUGAUUGUCAUCGCAGACCUGAGCACAGGCCCCACUGAGCUGGAAGAGAGGGCUCUGGAGGUGGCUGGGCCCGAUGGGCAGGCCAGUGCCAUAUCACCUGCCUCUCCCAGGAGGAAGGCCACUGAUGGAGGCCACAGGAGGGCCUUGCCAGGCUGCACCUCGCUCACUGGGGAAACCACAGGAGAAAGUGGGGAGGCAGGGCAGGAUGGCAAGCCCCCCGGCGAUGUCCUAGUGGGCCCUACAGCCUCCCUGGCUCUGGCACCCGGGAGCGGAGAGUCCAUGAUGGGUGCUGGAGAUUCCGGUCAUGCAUCCCCGGACACAGGUCCAUGUGUCAAUCAGAAGCAGGAGCCAGGUCCUGCUCAAGAGGAAGCCGAGUUAGGUGGCCAGAACCUCGAACGAGACCUCGAGGGGCUCCGUGUGUCCCCGCAAGCCUCUGUUGUGCUGGAACACAGAGAAAUAGCAGACGACCCUCUCCAGGAGCCCGGGGCUCAGCAGGGCAUUCCAGACACCACCUCAGAGCUGGCAGGGCAGCGAGACCACCUGCCUCAUUCUGCAGACCAGGGCACCUGGGCAGACUCUUUAGCUGUGGAACUCGACUUCCUGCUGGACAGCCAGAUACAGGAUGCCCUGGACGCCUCUGACUUCGAAGCCCCACCUGAGCAGCUCUUUCCUUCGGGGAACAAGCCGGGCCCUUGCUGGCCGGGCCCCAGCUCACGUGCCAAUGGAGACCCUGUUGCAGUGGCCAAGGCCCAGCCAAGCAGAGGGCGGCUCUGUCCGUGCCUCCUGCCCUCACUCCCUGUGACUUGUACCUGCUGUGCCACUGGCCACCUCCCUUAGCCACACACACAGCCUGCACGUGGACCAGAGGCAGUUCAUCAGAGCGGCCCACUGUGGUUUGAGUGAAGAGCCGGGAGGGUUCACAUCUGAAUCUCCGACAGCGUCCCAGGGCCAAUGCAGCUCCCCUCCCCACCGCCCUGGAUGUCUGGAAGCUCCCAGAGGGCCCCGGGUCUGGUUUGGUGGCUUGAGGCUGAAUGACACACAUAAGAGGCUAAGACCCAGGGGCUGCCAGACACCUCAGGGUGACCAAGGCAGGAGCAGCAGGACAGCAGUUUCCAUAGUGACAGCCCCGGAGGUGCUGUGAAGCCUGGGGCAUGGGCGGGUUUAGGGCGGGUGGCCCCCACUUACCCGCCUGGCCACCUGUACUGCCCGUGUCUGAGAGCGGCACCUGUUCUGUGGGGUGGGGGAGGUGUUCUGUGGCUCCUUGGCUCUUCUGUGAUUUUUUUUUUUUUUUUUUUUUUGAGACACAGUCUUACUCCCAUCACCCAGGCUGGAGUGCAGUGGCGCAACCUCAGCUCACUGCAGCCUCGAUCUCCCAGGCUCGCAUGAUUCUCCCACUUCAGCCCCCUAAGUAGCUGGGACUACAGGUACCUGCCACCACACCCAGCUAAUUUUGUAUAUUUUUUUUAGAGAUGGGAUUUUGCCGUGUUGCCCAGGCUGGUCUCAAACUCCUGGAUUCAAGUAAUCCACCUGCCUCAGCCUCACAAAGUGGUGGAAUUACAGGCAUGAGCCAUCGUGCCUGGCAGGAUAUUUUUUAGAUAGAGUCUUGCUCUGUUGCCCAGGCUGGUGUGCAGGAUCAUAGCUUACUGUAGCCUCCAUCUCCCAGGCUCAACUGAUCCUCCCACUUCAUCCUCCUGAGUAGCUGGGACUACAGGCGCGCACCAGUAUGCCUGGCUAAUUUUGUAUUAUUUGUAGAGAUGGGGGUCUCACUACAUUGCCGAGGCUGGUCUUGAAUUCCUGGGUUCAAGCCAUCCUCCCGCCUUGACCUCCCAAACCUUCCAAGGAUAUGAAUGCCAUCUGGGCCGGCUUUUCUAGCACUGCCCUGGGUGCUGGGGAGGCAGUGUGGGACAAAACACAGAGUUGAAUGCUACUGGGGGAUUCGGGGUGUGGGGACAUGAGAGACAGCAGAUUAGAUAGUCAGAUGGCAGAGUGUUGGGGAAAAAAAGGCAGCGGAGAAGGGGUUAAAAUGUAAGGAGGAAUCAGAGAAGCCACCACCCACCACCAGGAGGAGACAUUUGGGAAAGAACAUUCCAGAAUCCUGAGAGGUGCUCAAGGAAUAGCCAGAAGUCUAGUGUGGCUAGAGCAGAGGGGAGGGGAGAAGCGGGGGAUGAGGGGAGGGCACGGGGCAGGCAGGUGGUGCACAGCUGUGGGAGGAGAGGGCUUGCCUCUGAGCUAGGUUUCCAAGUUCACAGCCCCCAGUGCCUGUGGGGGACAAGCCACAGGGGCAGGAGCUAGGGAGGCGGUGGCAGCAGCGUCCUGAGAGGGCAGGGCAGGUAGGGGAGAAGCGGUUGGGUUCUGGGCCUGCUGGGCAGUGGAGCCAGCUGGGUUGGCCAUCAGGGUUCUGUUGUGAACAGAGGAGGACAGGCUGGACACCUGGAAAAGAUGGCGCGAGGCCCUGCGGAAGCCCCUCCCACUGGAGAGCUCUGGUAGUCCAGUGAGGUCUGGACACUCUCAAUUUCCUUCCCUGCUGGCCAGGACCUUCGUGGGGAUCCAGGCCUCUGAGGCCUCCAGGAUGGAGGAUGCCACCAACGUCGUGCGUGGCCUCAUCGUUGAGCUCUCCAACCUGAA